AUGGGGAUUCAGGGAUUGCUUCAGUUCAUCAAGGAAGCUUCGGAACCCAUCAACGUGAAGAAGUACAAAGGGCAGGCAGUAGCUGUGGAUACCUACUGUUGGCUCCACAAAGGAGCUAUUGCUUGUGCUGAAAAGCUAGCCAAAGGGGAACCCACAGAUAGGUAUGUAGGAUUUUGUAUGAAGUUUGUUAAUAUGCUGCUAUCCCAUGGGGUCAAGCCCAUUCUUGUCUUUGAUGGAUGUACCUUACCUUCUAAAAAGGAAGUGGAGAGAUCCAGACGAGAGAGACGACAAAGCAACCUUCUUAAAGGGAAGCAGCUCCUUCGAGAGGGCAAGGUGUCAGAAGCCCGAGACUGCUUCACCCGCUCUGUCAACAUCACACAUGCCAUGGCCCACAAAGUAAUAAAAGCUGCUCGGGCCCUGGGAGUGGACUGCCUGGUGGCUCCCUAUGAAGCCGAUGCUCAGUUGGCCUAUCUUAACAAAGCUGGAAUUGUGCAGGCCGUCAUCACAGAGGACUCGGACCUCCUCGCCUUCGGCUGUAAGAAGGUGAUUUUGAAAAUGGACCAGUUUGGAAAUGGACUGGAAGUGGACCAGGCCCGACUGGGCAUGUGCAAGCAGCUUGGGGACGUGUUCACGGAGGAGAAGUUCCGGUACAUGUGUAUCCUGUCAGGCUGCGAUUACCUCUCCUCCCUGCGUGGGAUCGGCUUAGCAAAGGCCUGCAAAGUGCUGAGGCUGGCCAAUAAUCCGGAUAUCGUCAAGGUUAUCAAGAAAAUUGGGCAUUACCUCAAGAUGAACAUAACGGUGCCGGAGGAUUAUAUCACAGGAUUUAUCCGAGCCAACAAUACUUUCCUCUACCAGCUGGUGUUCGACCCCAUCCAAAGGAAGCUGGUCCCUCUGAAUGCUUACGGAGAUGACGUUAACCCGGACACCCUGAGUUAUGCUGGGCAGUAUGUCGACGAUUCUGUGGCUCUGCAGAUAGCACUUGGAAACAGAGAUGUAAAUACUUUGGAGCAGAUUGACAACUACAGUCCCGACACUAUGCCUGUCCACUCUAGAAGUCAUAGUUGGAAUGACCAAGUGUGUCAGAAGUCACCUAAUAGCAUUUGGCACAGAAACUACUGUCCUAGACUUGAGGUGAAUGGUGUUUCCCAUGCUCCUCGGUUGACGGAAAAUUCAAGCACUGUGGGCCUUAAACAAAUAAUUACCACUAAAGGGUUAAAUCUUCCCAGGAAGUCUUCCAUGGUAAAGAGACCAAGAAAUGAAGCUCUGUCUGAAGAUGACCUAUUGGGUCAGUAUUCUUCAUUUACAAAGAAGACCAAGAAAAACAGCUGUGGAGAUAGCGUAUCUUCUAACUCUUCCGAAAUGUCUGCGCCCAACCUGGAUAAUGGGACUGCUCGCGGGACAGAUGCUCACGCUCCAUCUAGGAUAAGGAAUAAAUUCGCAGUGUUUUUACAGAGGAAGAAUGAGAACAGUGGUGCAGUCGUAGUUCCGGGCACCAGAAGCAGGUUUUUUUGCAGUUCGCCAGAUUUUGACGACUUUGUACCUAAAAAAGCAAGCAUUCAACCUCUAAAUGAAACUGCUGUCACAGGCAAAGCCACUACCAGCCUCAGAGCACCCCACUGUCCAGACACUAAAAGCCUUGGAGCACCAGACUGUCCAGACACAGAGGGCCAGAAGCUGGUUGACGUAAAUGGGGCACAGGAUUCAAGUGCUCAGAUCCCAGGCAAUGAGACUGUGUCUCCUAAUUAUGAGACUCAGUCCAAGACCAGCAAAUUUGUGGGGACUGUUUCCCCGCCCACUCUGGGGACACUAAGAAGUUGUUUCAGUUGGUCAGGGACUCUGAGAGGUUUUUCAAGAACUCCUAGUCUCUCUCCAAGCACUGUGUUGCAGCAGUUCCGAAGAAGGAGCGAGUCCUCCACCUGGCUGCCCAAGACCUGUGCCGUGACUGACACAUGUCAGUCAAAGAGUGAGAUGUCAAGUACUAAGUCUCCGCCCUUGCAGGAGGUGGGCCAGGCCUCCCGAUCUCAGGAAAGCAUAGACUCUCUACACAGUUUAAAUGCAUCAAGUCUUUCCCAGCCUUCCAGUAAGGAUUCGGAUUCAGAGGACUCGGACUGUAACAAUACGUCACUUGAUAAUCAAGGCAAUGAGAACUCCAAGCAACAGUCUCCUCUCUUUUCAAAGAAAGACACACUUGUAAGGAACAAGGUUCCUGGGCUGUGUAGAUCUAGUUCUACGGACUGUCUUUCUACCACCAAGAUCAAGCCCCUGGUGCCAGCCCGAGUCAGUGGCCUGAGCAAGAAGCCAGGAAGCAUCCAGAAGAGAAAACACCACCGUGAUGCGGAGAACAAGCCAGGGCUGCAGAUAAAGAUCAACGAGCUCUGGAAAAACUUCGGGUUUAAAAAAGAUUCUGAAAAGCUUUCUUCUUGUAAGAAGCCCCUGUCUCCAGUCAAGGACAACAUCCAGCUCACUCCAGAGACAGAAGACGAAAUCUUCAACAAACCCGAGUGUGCGCGUGCUCAGAGAGCAAUAUUCCACUAA